AUUAAUAUGAAAAAAUAUAAAUGAUUAUUUUAAUUGUAAAAAAAUUAUGUACUCGAUUAGAUAUUGUUAAGUAAAAAACGUUGAGAUAAAAGCUGUAUUAGAGCUGCACGUGAUGCAUUUUCAUUUUACAGUUAUAUUAUAUUGUACAGUAUACCCAGUUGGAGUUUUUCGAGAACUUGCUAAUUAUUUCUACAGCCCGAACAAACAGAGACCGUUAUUAGUCCUACAGAAUGCGAAGAGGCCAGAUAUUCUUUUAAAGAUGUUCAGUAUAAUGUUAACUGUAUUAUUUCUUAUAUUCUCUUUCGUAAAUGGUCAAUUUUUUGAUCACAAUAACACAAUAACGAAUAAUGAAAGUUUGGAUAACGUGUCAUAUAAUCCUUACAUGAUACGACAGAAAAAAUUUUUUCCAUUCUUCAGUGUCAUACGAUUUGCUAACUCUCAAUGUCUAGCAAGUAAUUCACUUAAUGGCACAUGUUUUACACGACGAGAAUGUAAUAGCUAUGGUGGUACACCGUCCGGUACAUGUGCAAACGGUCUUGGUAUUUGCUGCAUCUUUCAAAAGACAUGCGGAUCUACCACGAAUAUAAAUAACACAUACUUUAUUAAUCCAGGCUAUCCUACCACUUAUAAAGGAGGAGAACGAUGUACGAUAACAAUAAAUAAAUGUAACUCUGAUAUAUGUCAGGUAUUGACACGGAUAAAAUUAAUUUUUCAUGUAGCUGUAAUAUGUGCAUCAUUAUUAAAUCCCUAUUUAUAUUUGCAGAUACGUUUAGAUUUCAUAGAUUUUAGUUUAGCCCAACCUAAUGCAAAUGGAACGUGUGAUUUUGAUUUGUUUUUGGUAUCCGGAGCAUCGUCGUCGGUACCACGUAUAUGUGGGGAAAAUUCUAAUCAGCAUGUAUAUGCAGAUUUUAAUGGAGCAUCCCCAAUUACCAUUUCAAUAGGAACAAAUGCAGAUUAUCCGUUUGAUCGUCGUUGGAAUAUAAGAAUACAACAAAUAGCAUGUGAUUCUUUAUGGAGAGUUCCUAAUGGAUGUUUACAAUAUUACAAAUCAGUAUCAGACACGGUAACAAGUUUCAAUUACGGUACAACUGUGAAUUCAAGAGAACCGUCCGUAGGUACUAGAGAAAUGGUUAAUUUAAAUUAUGGUGUUUGCGUUAGAAUGGCAUUAGGUUACUGUAGCAUCGAGUGGUCGCAAAGCGAUAUAAAUUCAUUUUCUAUUUCUGAGGAUACAGGUGGUAUAGAUCCAACUAUAAUAGGAACUUCUGCGGUAGCGGAAUCUGGAUUAAACUGUACUGAUGAUUUUGUUAUUAUACCAAAUCCAAGUGAAAACGGUAUUCCUCUUAAUACAGAACGUUUCUGUGGAAAUGCUUUUACAACCAAAACAUCUACUUUAAAACCAUUCGUACUUUAUGUUGUUACAAAUGACAAUGACGUUAAUGACACACAGAAUAAGGGCUUUAAAUUAAGGUAUCGUCAAUUGCCGUGUGCUGUGUAAAAAAUAAAUAUUUCAUAUAAAUAUGAACAGGUUUAAUUAGAUGUAUUAUUUAAAACUGUUA